UCUCCGCUGUCUGCAGUCUUUACACCCAUAACCCAAGCAAUCGCCUUCGUUACAUACAUACAUACACACAUAAACACCAAAAACCACAGUCCGCCAUAAACACCCUCCAUUCCCCCUUCCUCUCUAUCACUUUAUGUCUUUCUUGGUUUCUUUUCCCUUUCAUGUUUCUAUUCAGAUAAUUACCAAGAUUUAUUGAUAUUUGUUACUAUAGAAACCAAAAGAUGGGUCUUGGAGUCACCUGCUAUCCCUUGGACUUGCUAGCUGUGAAUAUCUCUCUCGCAUGCAUUGAUGCUCUUCUCACUUCAAUUGCAUUCUAUCAGCUAAUAAGGAUUCACAUGGUAAAUCGGCAAAUUGGAUGGACUCGCCAAAAAGUGCUUCAUCUCAUGAUUGGCUCUUCCAAUUUGGGUUACUUUGUUUAUGUUUUAUCUACUCUUGUUGCGACUUGUAAUGGAUGGCUUUGCUGGUCUAAUGCAUGUGGCUUUAUCCUGAUGGCCUUCCCUGAAAUUCUGUUUCUUGCGGCAUUUCUGCUGCUUCUAUCUUUCUGGGUCGACCUUUGCCAUCAGACAAAUGAUGAAGAGGAUGAUGAUGAAGAAAAUACUACGCAACAUCCUCUGUUGGAAAAUUCCAAGAAUCAACUGGCCUCUUCAAAUGCGGAUGGUCGUUGGAAAUGUUGUUCACUUCAAGGUGUUCAUGUUGGUAGCCGACAAAAAUUUGUUAUUGUGGUGCGAGACAUAGAAGUUGUUGUGCUGAUCUUCACAUUAAUGACAUCUUUUGCUGUCGUUAUCUGGAUUGGUGCGGGGAAGAAUCCAAUUGAUUCUUCCCUUGUUGCUCAGGUAUACGUCGAUUUUUUUGCCAUAGCAUUGCUCUUAUUGGGAGGAGCUCUAGGUUGCUAUGGUUUCAUAUUGUUUUCUAAAUUGAGCAAAGUCAGAUCUGAGAAAGGUUCAUCAGAGAAGUGGAAGGUUGCUGGUUUAGCAAUUGUUUCUGUUUUGUGUUUCAUGUCAAGUGCUUUGGUAGCUCUUCUUACGAAUAUACCUCUUUUCUACCACUGGAAUAUGGAGAAAAUAAAUGGACUGAAGGCAUUAGUUCUUCUGAUUUUGUACUAUUUUAUAGGUUCAUCUGUGCCCUCAGCUUUUGUAUUAUGGUUCGUGAGAGAAUUGCCUGCCCCAACUCCUACUAAUAGACAAAUACAGUCUAGAGAAGUAACUUUUAUCAGCUAUGGGACGGCAGAGGCACAUUAUCCUCGGCAUUGGGCUGCUACGACAAGUUCAAAGAACCAGGUGUGAACUGAUGAUUUCUUGGAUGGAACUUGCAAUUUAGAUGGGGGUUUCCCUGAUUUUGACCAACCUGUGAAUACAAACUGACCGGUGAUCCUUGAUGUUUUUGGUAAUACAACUCCAAAAUGCAGCAGAAUUAGAACACCUUUGUCAAAUGUGACAAUUGUCAGUCAUUAUUGUCAGCAAGAGUUGGUCUAAAAGUUAGCUAGUGGCCUUUUUGGUUGCAGUCGCAGGUAUCAAGAGCAAGUCCCAUAUAAGUUUGGCAUCAGUUUUGGAGGAUGGGCUAUUUUCUCUGUGCUUUGUUUGUUGUUGGAUGGAAGAAGGGACCAGGUCAGGUCAGGGUCCAGACGAGGAACGGGUGGCCUCAGAUCUUUUUUGUGCAGGCAUUUGAGUUGCAUGCCAUUUGAUUUGAUUUCAUAGGUGUCUGCUGCAUGUGAAAAUAUACUUAGUUAGAAAGGAAAAAGGAUUCCACUUUAUUGCAAUGGAAUCUCAAAGUUUGCUUUAGCAUAAUGUUGCUUGAUAAUACAUACCCUUUCCUAUAUAAUAAAAAAAAAAAAAAUCGUUUAGAUUU